UUCUUUUUUGUGUUUACAAUGGAUUAACAGGAAAAUAUUCGUGAAAUGAAAACAACAACAUCGGGGAGGGUAGGACAGAAUGCGAUGGAUGAGAGGCAGCCGGGUGAUGGAGCCAGCUCUCAUGUGCCGGAAGACCAGCUACGAGUUAGCGAUGAUGAUGGCUCAACCAACAGCACGAGGAACAGCGUCGAUCCAUUCCGAGCAGAAAAUGAUCCAGUGACUACAGAGAGUAUGCUCAGAACCGGGCGGUAUUACAAGGGGAUAUACUGGCCUUCUAUCACAAAUAGUUUUAAGGAUGAAACUGUAGAGCUCUCAUAUCAAAGAUAUUCAAGACGACAACGACAGAAAUCUCUCAUCAUGGUUAAUGUCGUUGACUUAGCACUUAAGAUAUGUUUAGCAAUAGUUUACACCUUAUCAAAUCGGAGUAAUAUAGCAGAAGCUACUGACGUAUACAAGAUAGCGUGGACGGCCGCUUUCUCCCUCCUCAACUGUAUGAUCUGUCUGCUGGGGGCGUGGCGGUGCUUUGCCAACAACUACUUGCACUGGGCUGCAGCAGCCACUUGGAUACUUCUCAUUGCUCAAGGUUUAAGCGGUCAAGGAAUAGGUUUCCACGCGCCAGAGAACCAAGUGUGGUACAUGCUGUUCAUCAUUUUCGUUCCGUACGCGAUGCUCCCUCUCUCACUCGGCUGGUGCAUCGUAAUUGGACUAUUGUCGUCUCUAUCGCACGUGCUGGCCACAGCUGUUGACAUCAAAGACAUCAUGAACGCUAAUCCUAAGGCAGCAAAGUCAUGUGGACUACGUCUCCUCUUGGCAAAUGCAUUGCUGUACAGCGCUGUUAACUUUUCGGGGAUGUACGCAAAAUACCUUGCCGACUGGGGACAGAGGAAGGCAUUCCUGGAAACGCACCGAUCUAUGGUGACCAGACAGAGGACGAAGCGGGAAAGUGAUCGACAGUGGAAGCUGUUUCAGAGUGUUAUACCAGAUUUUCUCGCAAAGGAAAUAUCAAGCCACGUGUCUAAGGUAAAGGGAGAAUUUCAAGAGCAACAGUUUAACAACCUCUACAUUCAGAGACAUGAAAAUGUUUCCAUACUCUAUGCUGACAUAAAAGGAUUUACGGAGCUAUCAAGUAAGUGCAGUGCCCAAGAGCUGGUGAAGUUGCUGAACGAACUUUUUGCUCGUUUCGACCGACUAGCUUCCGAGAACCACUGCUUGCGUAUCAAGUUGCUGGGGGACUGCUACUUUUGCGUGAGCGGUCUACCAGACCAGCGCAGCAACCACGCCUUCUGCUGCGUCAACAUGGGCCUGCAUAUGAUCCGGGCCAUACGAGAUGUACGCUAUAACGCUCAGGUUGACUUGGACAUGCGAAUUGGCAUACAUAGCGGGACAGUACUCUGUGGCGUUCUCGGUCUACUGAAGUGGCAGUUUGAUCUGUGGUCGCAUGACGUCACGCUAGCUAACCACAUGGAGAGUGGUGGAUUACCUGGUCGAGUACAUAUAUCGGCGUCUACGUUAGAAUGUUUAAAUGGCGCUUUCGAAGUAGAAGCUGGUGAGGGACAGAGCAGGGAUCCAUACCUCAAGGAGCUGAACAUUAACACGUACCUCAUCAAGAGUACGGAACAGCCGAGACGAACUAGGAAUAGGUCUAAAAUAAUAGGUCCGGCCGCAGCUCAACAGAACGAAUGUCCACCGCGAAGCACCAAUGGAAGCGUAGACGAAGAGACCACGACUGACUGGACACCAGAGAUGCCCUUUCAAAGUUAUUUUAAUAGCGGUACCGGGGUCAUCAGAUAUCGGCAGCAGAACCGGCGCGAAGACGUCGAGCAAUAUCACGAGGAUGUUGAAAUUUCUUCCUUAUCAGAGGAAGAUGACAUCAUAAACCACUCAAUUGAAGUGAGCAGUAACCGCAAGAUGCGCGUGGAGCAGAUGCAGCCCUGGUCCCUCCAUUUCAGGCGCGGAUCCCUCGACGCUCGCUUCCGACAACUAGAUGAGAAGACCUUCAAGUCUAACGUGAUGUGCUGCCUCGUGCUGUGGCUGUUCAUCGUGGCUGUGCAGUACACCAUACAUUACAACUGCUGUUUCCUGCUGAUAAUUAUGCUGGUGAUGACGAUACCACUCGCGCUCUCUUUCGUGCUGGUGAUGGCAGAGGAGUUUCCUGAAAAGAUACCGCGUCUAGCCAACAUGUCCGCAGCGCUGAGCGGCUCUCGAGUGAGGAGGAACGUGCAUAUCUGCUGCUUUGUCACCAUCAUGUCUAUAUCAAGCACAACUAAAUUAUAUAUCUGCCCUCCAUCAUUUCCUCACCUGGGAGACGAGUCAGAGAGUGAAUCACCAGACAGUGAGGAGCGGCAGGGCGAGUGCUAUCGUCCCGAGUACGUGGUGUUUACUUGGAUCCUGUGCCUCGUCGCGCUCACGUCCAUCCUUAAGCUGUACUACCUCAUCAAAACGUGUCUGGCCAUCGCUAGCGUUGCCUUCUACUCCGUGCUUUUGUACUUCUACUACAAUGUGUACUACUUUGAUUCUACUAACAGUAACACACAGCUACCAUUCUACGUUCAAAUGAUGAUCCUGAUGUUGAUGUUCCUGAUCAUCGUGGUGUACCACGCCCGCCUGGUGGAAGUGACGUCACGCCUGGACUUUCUCUGGAACCUGCAGGCGGAGACAGACCUGCGGGAGAUGAAAGAAACGCAACGAAUGAAUCGAUACCUCCUUAAGCAUAUCUUGCCCGAUCACGCUGUCAAUCACUUUCUAUGCAAAGAUCGAUGUCCCGAUGAGUUGUACUCGCAAUGGCGUGACGAAGUUGGCGUGAUGUUUGCAGGGAUCCCGAACUUCCACGAGUUCUAUUCCGAGCAGAAGGCGGUCGACUGCAUGCGGCUGCUCAACGAAAUCAUUUUUGACUUCGACAAGCUCCUCAUGCAGCCACGGUUUAAGAGUAUUGAGAAAAUAAAGACCAUUGGUGCAACCUACAUGGCAGCUUCUGGACUAAAUCCUGAUCACAAGGCAAGCGACGACGACUGCGAACAUUUGUGCGCGCUGGUCGACUAUGCGUUCGCGCUGAGGGAGUCUUUAGACGAGAUCAACAAGCACAGCUUCAACAAGUUUCGCCUAAGAGUUGGCAUUAGUUGCGGUCCACUGGUGGGUGGUGUGAUCGGCGCUCGCAAGCCUGUUUACGACAUCUGGGGCAACACCGUCAACGAGGCUUCUCGUAUGGAGUCCACCGGCGCUAUGGACAGGAUCCAGGUCACCAAAUACACUAAACAGAUACUAGAGCGCUGUGGGUACGGUGUUGAGGCCCGCGGUGCAGUGGCAGUGAAGGGCAAAGGUCGCAUGGAGACGUGGUGGGUGACGCGAGCACGCAUCGCGCGAGUGUCUGCGAACAACGCCGCGCCCGCCGCGCGCUCGCUUGUGUCGCUAGUGUACAGCAUGCUGCAGGCUCGGCGCCGCAUCUACACGCACCCGCUCGACACCCAGCCGGGCAGUGACGUGGAGGGAGCGGGCACAAACGCGGACGUCGUGCGGCGACGAGCAACCAGAGCGUUCAGCGGACGACUACCGAACCUCAGGCGGGCGCACACCAGGCACGAACACACCACGUCGAAUGGCAAUGACGUAGAGCUGGCAAUCCGGCCGCACUCCGGCAGCAUGGUCGCGCGCAGACCGGACAUGGCACCAUCUAUGCUAGGCAGCAUCUCGGCUCCUCACACCCCCACAAUUCCUCACGUGUUCCCCGACAAAAUGUUCACCACCGCCAAACUCGGCAUAGGCGCGCGGCUUAAAGCCGCCAGCUUCUCCUACCGAACCCGGCCUACCAGACUGCCAAAACCAGAUGAUAAAGGAUUAUCGAAUGGCGCACCCGGUUCUUUCCGGUUUCGGUCAGUCACAACCGGCUCGUUCUUCAGAGCUAGGAAUAAGGAGAGGAGAAAAGAAUUAAAUGAAAGGGAAAAUGGAGACGCGCCAAUUACAACUCGUAUGUAGUAUUAUAUUGAUUAAUUGUAAUUUCACUCAGAUAACUGCUUUACCAUAAGGUAGGUACAACAAGAUAAGGUAUGAACAAUUUCUUGAUAAGGAAAUCAUUGUACUACAAUAAACCCUUGUAUGUCAAUCAAGGAAACGGUUACGUUCAGUAGGUGUAAGAUAGUACUUAAAUAGUUUGUCUAUUAUGUAUUGCUAGUAGUGACCUAUCUAUACUAAAAAAAAGUACUUAUACAUUAUUUAUUAGUUAAGUCAACCUUAGCAUUUACGUAAAUCAGCUUUAUUUAUUAACCAAAAGUUUUUAUAUUUAAUGUUUUAUUUUGUUCGUACCAUUGAUGUUUGUAUUAAUCAUUUUAUUAAUAGUUUUAUCAUACUUAGGUACUAGUUUUUUUGUAAACAAUUUUUAAGAAGAGUUAUUAAUUCAUUUAAGUCAAAGACAAUUAGAUAUAGUACUUAAUUAGUUAACUCGCACAAUUCAUAAUUAUUAUAAUGCGAAGCACAAUUGUUAUUCAUCAAUAUUUGUAAGUUCUAGGUGUGUUAAGAUAUUUGUUCCUUUUUAGUAUGUAGUUUGUUGCCAAAGUUUUUAUAGUCUUUUUUAGUUAAGUUUAUAAGGGGAUGUCUUAAUGCGCUAAAAUAGUCUUCCACUUAAGGGAUUGUAUAUAAUAAUGUAGAUAUAUCAGUAAAUUAUGCUUUAGUUUUUUUUUGCACUACAAUAAUACACUCUUUUGCAAAAAGAACGGGCACCAGGUAAAUAACCAGUUCACUUUUUCACUGUCAUCUUCAGAUUAUUUUAUAAUUCUAAGAAGCUUGUACUACCAUAAUACUCUAAAUAAAUAAGCAAAAAGUAGUUUUUGUCAAUUUCUUCACUACAUUUCGAUAGAAUUAAUGAAAAAUUAUCCUAGAAUCUAAAACAGUUAGUUACGUAUAUAGAUACGUCAUCAUUAAAUAAAAAAGCAGGCUAAAAAUUUAAGUUUUUUAACCGACUUCAAAAAAGGAGGAGGUUCUCAAUUCGUCGGAUUUUAUUUGUUACUUCAAAACAUUCGACUGGAUGAACCGAUUUUGAUAAUUCUUUUUUUAUUUGAAAGCUGGUGCUUCCCGUUGUGUGAUACAAUUUGGUCCAGAUCUGACAAUGGCAUCCAUGAGAAAACGAUAAAAGUCUUAACUUUGCUAUACAUACGUAUAGCAAAUUGAAAGAUAAAUUAACGAAUAACUAAAUAUCGCGCCAACCGAUUUCGAUGAUUCUUUUUAUAUUGGAAAGGAUAUAUACUUCAAGAUAUUUUGGUUAGGUUCUGAUUACGGAAUCCAUGACAAAGAAACGGAACUCUUCAAUUUUUUAUCAACUCCCAAUCUGCAAAUAUUUAGAUAAAUUGUUAGUUAGUGUACUUCAAAUUCACUAAAACUCAAAAAAUAAAAAAUAUUUUAACAAAAAAACAACCGACUACAAAAACACUGUUCCCAAACAAUAGAUAUAAUAUGCACUAAAAAGUAUAAAAAUAAUUGCGUAUUUUUAUACAAUUUAAUUAAUUAAUCUUAUUCUAGUUACGAUUAUUGUAAUUUUUGGAGUCGGUGUCAUCCAAGAUAGGUUUGUUACUACAUACAUAGUUAUAGGUGAGAUGUGCUUGAGUCGUGAGGAGGCGAGAGGCGAGAGAGGGUCGCGGCGGAAGGACUCCGAUUCCAAAAAUAACAAUAAUCGUAAGUAGAAUUAGAUUAAUUAAUAAGAUUGUAACUAUAAAACUACGCAAUUAUUUUUAUACUUUUUAAUGCAUAUUAUAUCUAUUGUUUUGGAAUUUUUGAAGUCGGUUGUUUUUUGUUAAAAUAUUUUUUUUAACAUAAAAAAAGGAAAAGUUUAAUACUGAGUGUGGCCCCCACAUGCUAAAAUAACAGCUUAUGUUCGUCCGAGUAUGCUAUCGGUGCUAUUCUUACUUGUUUCUUAUUUUUUUUAUUUUUAUUUAUGUAUUCUUGUGGAAUAUACUCCGGCCGUUAGAGUUAAUGCUAACUAUCAACGAUUCCCGCCACGAUACGCAAUUAACUGCAAUUUUUGUGUUAAAGUCAGACUGUCUUAAAUUUGAAUUUGGAAUAAACUUUUUUAUGCACCACAACACUUCAUAAAUGUGCCAGUAAUAUUCUCAAAUGAUUAAAACCUCUUUUGAUAUUUUCUAAAGGGACGCAAAAAAUUUAAACAACCCGUUUUUUUGGCAAAUGAGUUUAUAAUUUAUGAUAAUUCUAAAGCUCUUUAUUGAUGUUUCAUUUGUAUAUAAAUUAGGUAUUUUAGUCAUAAAAUACAAUCCGCUGAUAGAACCCAGUACUUAUACUGGUCUCUGUCUCGAAAUUUGAAAUUUACUGAAAUUAUUAUGAUAGAUCUGCCAGUGAGAUUACGGGUAUAUCACUAACCAGUAUGACUCACAAAUUUAUUAUUACAUACAAAGUCACUGGUAGAAACUUAUACAAAACAGAUAAAGUGUAAAAUGUGAAUAACGAGAAACUAAUAAACAAAAUGAAACAAACUCGUCAAGAAAGUAUUGUUUGUUAUAUUAACGUAACGUUUACGUAAGUAAAAAAAAGUAGUAGGUACCUUUAUACCCAAGUAUUAAUAUCCUUCAAAUUAAAACAGAUUUCUGAGAACUGUUAUCUCUAACAGGCUAGACAACUUCACUCAAGAUCUUUAUAGAGACUGCUAUAUCACCUUCUUGUACCGACAACCACUAUCUUGUAACUUGGACCACCGCCUUAAAUCCGGAAUGCAGCCAUGGCUCGCUUAUCAUAAUGAUUCAAGUGACGAUUGUCUUAUGAGGAUUCUAUAGGACAUUAAACGAAAAUAAUUAUAUUUUUUAAAACUAAAGUUUUUAAACUAACUAAACUAACGAACGAAGUAUUACUAUAAUAUAAAAAAGUAUAUAAAAGUUUUGAAUGUUUUGUAUUUCAAUUUUUGUGUAGAGCUACCUAACUCCUAGCUGGAUAAUUAUUUUGGAAUAAAAUUUACUCAAUUGUACCUAUAGGGAAUUUAAUUUUCUAGACACUGAAGCAACAUUAUUUGAAAAAAAAUUCUAGUUAUUGAUAAAUGAACAAAAACUACAGAAGUCACCAUACAACAGCGCUCGUUUCCUCAAUGGCGCGCGCUAAUCUAUAUGAAACGAAAUUGUAUUUUUGUUUUGCCAUAAAAAUCCUCAUUAUGAGAAAUUAAGUUUUAUAAGAACAAAAUUAAGUAGAAUACCGUGCCAUCUGUAUAUAUAUAUUUUGAAAUGUUAAGGAUGGUCUCUGUUAAUUAAGUAAUUGAAACCAGGGCUACCAUCCGUCCGGAUAUUUCCGGACUUUUAGAAUCAAAAUUUAAACAAGAUCAACAGUCCGGACAUUUAUUAAAGAAUAUGUCAUUUUUAUCAAAAAUGUCGGGAUUAUUCAAAUUACUUAAUGGCAACCCUAAGCAAAACUGAUCUCAAUGUAGCAUUAUGAAAAGAUUCAUAGACGUAGCAAUUGAUAGUCAAUUUGGAUCUUAUUGUAUUUUAUAUUGAUGUUCUGUGUCAUACUAUUUGUAUAACAAUAUUUUAUUAAAUCGUAGUUAGAUGUGCAAUAUAAUGCAUUAA